UCUGGUUAGGAGGCUGGCUCAUCCCUUGUGAGAGAAACGGGGCGAGGCCGUAAUUGGUUGGACGCUACGCUGACGUCGAGGGGCGGGACCCUCAUGCUGAAUGGGGGCCGCCUCUGAGUAAGAGGAGGAGGUGGAAGAGGAAGACAUGACUCGCUCCGGGCUAGGGCUCGGGCUCGGGCUCUUGUGGAGCCGGCUGAGCCGGGGCAUGAGCCGAGCUGACCACGAACCGCGGCCUCCCGGGAAGAGGUGGCUGGUGGCCGGUCUGGGCAACUACAGGUUGCAGGGCACACGGCACAGUGUGGGCAUGGCUGUCCUGAACCAGCUGGCCAAGCACCUGAAUGUGGCUGACCAGUGGAAGAGGCAGCGGCAGUGCUGCGCAGAUGUGGCCAUCGCCUGCCUGGGAGAGGCCGAAUUGGUGCUUCUCAAACCCCGCCAAUUCAUGAAUGUCAAUGGGCACAGUGUGGCCCAGGCUGCCAAGAUGUAUCAGCUGGCGGCCGAAGACAUAUACCUGGUGCAUGAUGAACUGGACAAGCCGCUGGGGAAGCUAGCCAUGAAGUUGGGGGGCAGUGCAAGAGGUCACAACGGGGUGCGAUCCUGUAUCAGCUGUCUCAAUUCAAAUGUCAUGCCCCGGCUCCGAGUAGGCAUCGGGCGACCCAGCCACCCAGGGGCCGUGGAGCGGUAUGUGUUGGACAGGUUCACAGCAGCUGAGCAGGAACGGUUGCCCCAGCUUCUGGAGCAGGCAACGGAGCUGCUUCUCAGCCACAUCCACCAGCGGAGCCUGGCAGGAGCCACGUGUGCAAGCCCCUCCUGACGUGACAGACCCACCACGGUGGGCCAGGACAUGACUCAUAAAGGACUGUUCCCCUGCAAUGGGUACAGGCAGCCUCUCCUUGCCUUGCUGGAGUAGCACACAGCCUUGGCCUUCCAGCCCCCUGGGGAGAGCCUUUAAAGUGCAGUGAGGAAGAUGACCCUGGGUUCAGCCGACUCACAUUGUCACACUCCCCCCCUCCCCCAACAUGAGACCUGCCCACACCUGUGUAAUCACUAAUUUAUGGGACAUUUAAUUACUCUCCUGUCCCUGCCCAGGGAAUAAAGGUUUGUCUUCCAAGGA